AUGUCUUCGGAAAAGUCUAAAUCGAAGUUCGUGCAGAAUCUGAUCGCGAGCGACACCGUGGUCAUAUUUUCGAAAACCUACUGUCCCUACUGCCAGCUGACGAAGGAAAUCUUCGACGACAUGGACCAGAAGUUCACCGCCAUCGAGCUGGACAGCAGGAAGGACUGCGAGGAAAUUCAGGAGGUCCUCGGGCAGAUGACAGGUGCCCGCACAGUCCCGCGCGUUUUCGUCAACGGAUCGUUCCUCGGAGGAGCUUCGGAUAUAAAGAAGCUUUAUGAAAAUGGACAGCUACAGACUUAUCUUGAUUAA